AUGUGGGAGCAGGUAACUGUUCUGACCGGCGGUCGGUUCCGAGAACCGUACUACUGGGAUUCUUUCUGGAUUAUCGAGGGACUUCUGCGAACCAAAGGUUCGUUUACUCAGAUCGCGGAGAACAUCAUCGAAAACUUCUUAGAUCUUGUGGAAGAUAUCGGCUUUGUUCCCAAUGGUGCCAGGAGAUACUAUGAGAACCGGUCUCAACCACCGCUACUGACGCAGAUGGUCCGCAUCUAUGUCGAAUACACACAGAAUUACACGCUGCUGGAGCGCGCUUUGCCGAUUUUGGAAUUAGAGUACGAAUUCUGGGUCAACAAUCGCACUGUCACCCUCGAGCGUGCUGGAAGAAAUUACUCGCUGAACCACUACGCUGUGUCGAACACGCAACCACGACCUGAAUCGUAUUACGAAGAUUACACGACCGCAAACAAUCAGACCUAUUUUAAUGAGGAAGGAGAAGAAUUUAAUGCGACCCAGACGCUUAAUGCAACGGAGAAGGCGAGGCUGUAUUCCAACCUUGCAUCUGGAGCAGAGAGUGGCUGGGACUAUUCGGCGCGAUGGAUUGCAAACCCUUUGGAUGCUGUCACUGACACCUUCUUCCCUCUUCGAUCGCUGAACACUAUUGAGAUCAUACCAGUCGAGCUGAACUCGAUUCUGUACCACAACGAGAUUACUAUUGCAGAGUUCCACCGCCACCAGGGCAACUACUCCGCUGCGCGUGAAUGGGCUACAAGAGCGGCAAAUCGCAGCGAGGCAAUGGCAACAAUGCUCUGGAGCGCUGAGCAUUACAGCUACUUCGAUUACAACCUCACGUCGAGCUCUCUUAACAUGUACACCUUGGCCGAUAAUAGUAGCACUCCCCUUUCUCUUGCUGGAGCACCAGCUGGAAAGCAAAUUUGGUUUCAAACUGCCCAACUCUACCCAUUCUGGACUGGAGCUGCUCCCGAUAGCAUUAAGAAUGAUCCCAAAGCCAUGCGACGUGUGUUCGCACGUGUUGAGGAAGCACUCGAUCAGCAAGCAGGUGCAGUGUCUGCGACGAACCUGCAGACUGGUCAGCAAUGGGACGAACCGAACGUGUGGCCACCCCUACAGUACAUUAUCAUGCAAGGCUUACUGAGCACCCCGCUGGAAGUCAGUGAAGAUCAUGAUGAGCAGACAACUGCAGAUUAUGUAUGGACACAGGACCUCGCUCUUCGUCUCGCUCAACGCUAUCUGGACUCGCUCUACUGCACAUGGCGCGUGACUGGUGGUGCGACGGAUGAUGUGCCUCAGCUUCCUGGAUCUCAGGGCAAUGGUACGAUCUUUGAGAAAUAUUCUGACCAAUCUACCAAUGCCGCAGGUGGGGGUGGAGAGUACACCGUCGUAGAGGGCUUUGGCUGGAGCAACGGUGUCCUCAUCUGGGCUGUGGACCAAUUCGGACAGCGCCUUACAACGCCAGAGUGCGGCAACAUUACAGCUGCAAAUGUUGGUGGCGGAGAAAAUAAAAAGCGAAGUGCUGUGGAGUUGUCAAAGAGAGAUGCCAAGUGGAUCAAGCAGUACAAAAGGUCGAGCUAA